AUGAUACUAAUGAAGAAUUCAGUAAUGAAUCAAACAAAAAUAGUAAUACAGAAGUUGAACAAGAAUAUAAAGGGCCAUUAGAUCUUCAUAUAAUAUGUGAGCUUUCCAAAUCAGGACAAUCAAGAUUUGGUUAUUUACUUUUAAAAAUGACAAUUACUCUUUCUACUCAUAAGCAAUUAAGUAAAAAAAUUUUAAACAAGGCCAUUACCAAAUUUAUAUUAAAAAUUGAAGAAACUGCUAAAAAAGAUAAAGUUG